UAUCAUGUAUGGGCUGAAGGCUUUGGUGGAAGCUUUGUGAGUGUUUCUGUGAUAGGAUUUGGUGGAAGCUCUGAAACUUUAAUAGAAAGAUGGACCCUGACCCUGUCCCUAUCCCUGACCCUAGAAAUGGGCAAGAAGAAGCCAUUGCUGGUCAACUUCCUGUUGUCCAAGGAAUUGCCCCAGAUGACCAACUUCCUGUGGAAGCAAAUACAAACACAGACCCUAAGCCAGUGGAAGCAAAUACUAGAAAGCGAAAGGAAGUCCACCAAAGAUCAGUGGUAUGGGACCAUUUCAAUGCUAUUAAAGAUGCUGACGGGGUAAUCAUACAAGCUAAGUGUUCCUACUGUGCCCGUAUAUACAAUUGUCAUGCUAAGAAAAAUGGCACAUCCACUUUGAGAGGUCACUUGCUUAGAUGCACUAAACACCCACACACUUUAGAAACUAGGCAAGCAUUGUUGUCCUUGCAGCCUGUUGUGAAUGUGGGUCUAGUCCCAAAUAGUGGUCCUGCUAUGUGUAAUGUUGCUAAUUGGAAGUUUGAUCAGGAAGCUAUUAGGAAAGCUGUGUCUUACAUGAUUGUUGUUGAUGAAUUGCCUCUGAAAUUUGUUGAGAAACAGGGCUUUAAAAGGUUGAUGAGUAUAGCUUGUCCUAAGUUUAAAAUGCCAUCUAGAUGGACUGUAAAUAGAGAUUGUUUUGCCAUGUUUGUACAAGAGAAGCUAAAAUUGAAACAGUUUAUGAAAACAAAUACUCAAAGAGUGAGUCUAACUAGUGAUGCAUGGACUUCUAAUCAAAGAAUUAACUAUAUGUGUAUCACUGCCCAUUUCAUAGACAAUGACUGGAAGCUCCAUAAAAAAAUAAUUUCUUUUGUUCCUUGUUCAAGACAUAAGGGUGAAUACUUGUCAAAAACUUUAGAGUCAUGUUUGAAUGAGUGGGGUCUUAAGAAUAUCUUUACUGUGACUCUUGAUAAUGCUGAAAACAACACUGCUGCCAUGAGUUUUUUCAUGAAAAAAAUGUUGAGUUGGGGUACUACUCCUGCUAGAUGUAAAUAUGCCCAUAUGAGAUGCAUUGCUCAUAUCCUUAACCUUGUUGUGUCUGAUGGUUUAAAAGAGUCUGGGGCUUCUUUUGAAAAGGUUAGAGGGGCUGUUAGGUACAUAAAAAACUCACCUCUAAGGUUAAGUAAGUUUAAUGCAUGUAAGAAGUCAAUUGAGAUUGAUUGUAAACGUUCUUUGUGCUUAGAUGUCCCUACUAGAUGGAAUUCAACUUAUCUCAUGUUGAAUACUGCUUGUAUGUAUCAGAGAGUUUUUGAGGAGUAUGAGGAAACAGAGUCUAGCUUUAAGAAUGAUUUGGGUGAGAAUGUUCCUAGUUCUAGUGAUUGGGAAAGUGUUAGGGAGCUAUGUGGUAUGUUAGAGUGUUUUUAUAAGAUGACAUUGAGAAUCUCUGGCUCUCUCUAUGUCACUUCUAACAAUCACUUAAAUGAAAUUUCUGAUUUGUGUACAAUCUUGCAAGACUGGAUGGGGUCUACUGAUGUAGGAUUGAGGUCUAUGGGCACUAAAAUGAAACAAAAAUUUGAUAAAUACUGGGGUGAUCCAUCUGUAAUGAACAAAUUGAUAUUCUUUGCAAAUAUCUUAGAUCCUAGGGAUAGAGUUGUGUAUUUGGAGUAUACCUUGACUCACAUGUAUGGUGCUCAUGAAGGGAAGUUUCUGUACUCUUUUCUGAUGGAUGAUUUGCAUGAACUAUUCAAUGAUUAUGAAUGCCAAUAUAAGAAAGAAAAGUCUGGUGGUGGCCAGACUAGUGUGCCAUCUGAAUCUGUUGGCCAUUUGUCCCAAGCAAAUUCUGUGUUGAAAGAGAGGUACCUACAGCAAAUGAUGGAGACUGGUGGAGUGGGAGGAACAAAGAAAACUGAGUUGGAUAUCUACCUAAGUGAGGGAGUAGUUGGAAAUGAAGAGAAUUUUGACAUUCUCAGAUGGUGGAAGCUAAACUCAGAGAGGUUUCCUAUCCUCUCUAGAAUGGCUCGUGAUGUUCUUGCUGUACCAGUCUCCACUGUUGCUUCUGAGUCAGCAUUUAGCACGGGUGGAAGAGUGCUUGAUGAUUUUAGGAGUAGUUUGACUCCUGCACUUGUGGAAGCCCUUAUCUGCACUCAGGAUUGGCUAAAAGAUCCAACUCAACCUGUUUCUGUUGAGGAGUCUUUGGAUGAGUUGGAACAAUUUGAAGAAGGUUUACAAGAACCUGCCAAUGCUAACACUAAUGAAGCUAAUCCUAUAGUUUGUCUUUGUCUUUGCUUGAUUUACUUGAUCCUUGCUUGCUUUUUAUGACUUGCUGGAAGCCCUUGUUUGCUUAUUUGAUGGACUUAUUUGACCUAGUUGCCUUUCUGUCCCAUUUGAAAUAUAUGAUAAUGAUAAGUUAGCAUAGACAUUUAAGAGAUAUUGUUCACAUGUUCAAUAUAUUGCUGGCUUUGAUUUGAUUUCUGUCUUUAUGCUUAAUAAUGGCCAUGAUGAUGCUUCCACCAUCCAAGUGUGGAUACAGAUGACUAUAUAUGAUGAGGCACUUAACUUGUGCCACCAUUUUAUGGUCUUUGUGUUUGUGCUUGACAUAUAUAUAAUCUGAGCCUUUGAAGCAUUUGACAUUUUGUAGUUCUUAUUUUGAUGUCUCUUAUGUCUUGUGCUAAUUUAUCAUUAAACAUUAGGCUAUGAUGAAAGCUUCCAGUUAAAGUCUGAAAUUAGUUUGAUCAUUAACUGUGUGACAUACAUUGUUACCUUUUAAGAGUGUUGAACUAUUUUGACUUGAAACAUUUGAAGUCUGAGCCCAUUUUGUUAUUUUUUAACACAAAUGUAUAUGUAAUUACAAUUUCUGAAUUGCAGUGUCUAAUUUUCUUGUUUAAUCUGUUUUGCAGGUUUGACUUGUAAAGAUUUUUUUGAAGCAGCUUUAUGUAGAGGCAGAUUUUUGAAGCAGCUGUAUAAAGGCUUAUUUUUGUAGCUGAUUUUUUGUAAAAGGUUUACAUACCUUACUAUUUUUUGGGUUAAUUUUUUGUUAAGCCUUAUACUUGUAAUUUUUUUGUAAAGCUAAACACUUAGCAAAUGUUUGCCCUGCCUUUUAAAUGCAGGCUGUGAAUUUUUGAGUUCAGGGUUUAAAUUUGUAACU